GAGACGCAAACCACUUUCCAUCAUUUCCUGUGAAGUUGUGAUAAAGCUUCCUGUCUCCAUCUUUAAACCCUAAAAACCUCUCAUCUCCUUUCUGUUCUUCGAUUAGAUUUACAGAGAGGGGGAGAGAACAGGAGAGAGUGGGAGAAGGAUAGAAUCUGUUCGAACACUAGAAAAUGGGUGGUCAGAAGUCUCUGAUCUACGCCUUCGUCGCCCGCGGCACUGUAGUUCUUGCAGAAUUUACUGAAUUCACUGGGAAUUUUAAUUCCAUCGCUUUGCAAUGCCUUCAGAAGCUGCCGGCGAGCAACAACAAGUUCACUUACAACUGUGAUGGUCAUACUUUCAAUUACCUCGUCGAGGACGGUUACACAUAUUGUGUAGUUGCGGAUGAGACGGUUGGUAGGCAGGUCCCCAUGGCUUUUCUGGAGCGUAUCAAGGAUGACUUUGUAUCAAGAUAUGGUGGUGGAAAGGCUGCCACUGCUCCUGCUAACAGCCUUAACAAGGAGUUUGGGUCAAAAUUGAAGGAACAUAUGCAGUACUGUAUUGAUCAUCCUGAAGAGAUAAGUAAACUUGCAAAGGUGAAGGCUCAGGUUUCAGAAGUAAAGGGUGUUAUGAUGGAGAACAUUGAAAAGGUUCUUGAUCGUGGGGAGAAGAUAGAGCUUCUGGUGGAUAAGACUGAGAAUCUCCAUAACCAGGCUCAGGACUUCCGUAACACAGGAACUAAGAUGCGUAGGAAGAUGUGGCUGCAAAAUAUGAAGAUCAAGCUGAUUGUGUUGGGGAUUUUGAUUGCCUUGAUUCUUAUCAUAGUUUUGUCUGUCUGUCAUGGGUUCAACUGUGGGAAGUGAUCUCUUCAUUGAAUACAUGGAAAGCAUGGUUUGUGGUCGUCAUAGUACCAAAGCCUCCGCGUGCAUAUACUGCACAGAAAAGAUGUGAGUCAUGAUUGUGUAUUUAGAAAAAAAACUAGGAAGUAGAUAUGUUGUAUCAGAUAAUUGAAUACAUUGAAAAUAUAUUUGUUGAGACUAGAGCGACUCUAUGCAAUAUGAGAUAGUACUGUUGAGAUGUUAAUUAAAAUGAAAUGAAAUUGUGCUACAGGUGGUUCUGUUUU